CUAAGUCAGAUCAGUCGACUUGCUGCGGCCGUACCUGCCGUUAGCGCACAAUGCAACGGACCUUCAGAGAUUAAAUCGUCUCGACACCAACCCUCCUCCCCCACCCCUCUCAAGUCGCGUCUCUUCUCUUCGUCUCUUUGCACCCCUGCCAACCCCUUCAUUACGCGCCUCGCUUUCACUCCCUACCUCCGGAUAUCACUUAUCCGCUCUGUUUCGCGUCCCUCGUACGCGAGGACCACCUCGGUGACUUGACAUCCAACGGCUAUAGCGGUACGUCCUCCAGGAUGUCGCACGACAAUUUGGGAUUUACGUCGAGCACGGAAGUUCUACAAGAUCUGAAAAACUCUUCCUCAUCUAAGGAGUGUCAAAGUUACGGAUCGAGUAAGAAGAAUGACGGUAUUUAUGUUCUGGAACUCGAAGAAAAGAAGAAGAAUGGAGAGAGGAAGGAGAAGGAAGAUGAUUAUGACCCAUAUAAUUAUAGAGUAGUGGAGCAUCCGACUACCAAUGCAGAGACUAUGCUUCAUCUGCUGAAGGGUAGUUUGGGUACCGGCAUCCUCGCGAUGCCGAAGGCUUUCCACAAUGCCGGAUACGUAAUCGGUCUGAUAGCUACACUCAUCAUAGGACUUCUUUGUAGCUAUUGCAUGCGAAUUCUCGUUAGUUCGGAGUACGAACUGUGCAAGAGAAGAAGGGUACCGUCCAUGACGUAUCCGGCGACCGCAGAAGCUGCUCUGCUCGAAGGACCGAGGGUCCUCAGACGGUUUUCUACAGCUUUUAUACAUGUAAUAAACGCCUUCUUGUUAAUCUAUCAGAUGGGUACCUGCUGCGUCUAUAUGGUUUUUAUUGCUAAAAAUCUAGAGUCGGGGUUGAGCACAUUUGUCAAAUUGGACUUGAACGAGUACAUAGCGAUUCUCCUGUUACCCUUGAUCUUAGUUAAUUACAUCAGAAAUCUUAAAUUCUUGGCACCGUUCUCGACGCUAGCAAAUAUCAUUUUAUUUGCUGGAUUUGGUAUUAUACUUUACUAUAUUUUUCGAGAGCCGCUUACCUUUGAACAUCGUGUAACAUUUGGAAAUGUAACGAAUUUUCCACUCUUCUUCGGCACUGUUCUAUUCGCUCUUGAAGCUAUCGGCGUGAUCAUGCCGUUGGAAAACGAGAUGAAAACCCCUAAAACUUUUAUGAAGCCAUUCGGUGUGUUGAACGUUUCAAUGACUAUCAUAGUUGCAUUAUAUACUGCCUUGGGAUUUUUCGGAUACAUAAAAUUCGGCGAGAAAGUUGAGGGCAGUAUUACGCUUAACCUACCAAAAGAAGAGAAGUUGGGAAUUGCAGUGCAAAUACUUUUGGCCGUCGCCAUCUUCUUCACGCAUCCCAUUCAGUGUUACGUCGCUAUCGAUAUAGUGUGGAACGAGUAUAUCAGUCACUACAUGGAAAAGUUCCGUUUCAAGCUGUUGUGGGAAUAUGUAGUUAGGACUCUCAUAGUUUUAAUUACCUUUGGUCUGGCGAUCUCGGUUCCGGAGUUGGAGCUCUUCAUAUCACUAUUCGGCGCGUUUUGUCUGUCGGGUCUGGGACUGGCUUUUCCAGCAAUCAUACAAAUAUGCGCCUUUUGGAAAGUGAUGGGACCGACCGAGAGGAAGAUUAUGGUUGCGAAAAAUAUGUGUUUAAUACUGAUCGGAGCUUUGGGCCUGGUCGUGGGUACUUACACGAGUCUCCACAAGAUCAUCGAAAAUUUCUCGUGAGGUAUUCGAAAACUUGUGUGAUAAAACAGUUAAACAGACUGGUGAAGUGACAGAGGGAAAGCGAAAGUGAACAGAAAUCGUUCUCAAUACGAGAAACGACGACGACGGUGUGAUACGUAGUUGAAGUUGUUCAUUGCUAAAUGCGAGUGCACCUAAAAAUACAAGGCACAUUCAGAGGCGCUAAGCCGAGGGACCGAAAUAACGUUAACUUCUAACGGCUCACAUCACACUUCGGCUUCUAUUUGUCGGGGACAGGAUGAAGUUCCUAAAGUGCAUUCAUUGGGUUCUUUUUACGCGUGAUAUAUAAGACUGCGAGUGAAGAUACGGACUGUACAAACGACUCGACGAGUUCUGGCUCGCGUCAGCGUUAGCGUCAAUUACGGUACAGCGAUAUAUAUAUGUAUAAAUAUGUAAAAAGGUUUUACCGUAUUAUAAAUAAAAAAGUUUUAUUUUCAUA